GUAAGUGUCAUUAACAAGUGUUAAUAAUUUUAUUCAUGUACGUGUGUAUGUUAACUAGUCGUGUUUAUAUUGUAAUAUGUUAUAUUGAAUCUAAUAAGUUGUGUUUUCUAUGUUUUAUUCCAAAUUAAUAAAAACAGACUCCCAUAAGAAGGCGAAAAACCACGCCGAAAUGCUUGGGAGAAUAAAAGGAAGCUUGUUUUUGCUCUUUUAAAAUACCGGCCGGAAAAACUUCUAGAAUAGCUAAAAGAUAUACAGUUUAAUCCAUAGUUUAUGGUAUUAAACCAAUGCAUAACUUUAUCUCUCUGUCUUAAAUGUAAACUUCUCAUUGUGUUUUUUGUUGAAUGAGUCUUCUCCAAACUAAUUAUUACUCAAACAAUUUUGUUAUCAUAUAUGUAUAUAUAUUAAAUUAAAUGCAACAAAUGUUAUGCGGAUAUAUUUGGAACUAAUUCUCAAAGAAUUUGAUAUUAAUCUAUUCCUUGCGAUCUUUGUUUUGUCAAAGAACAAAUAACAGAAACUGUACUAAUAAAUUGAAAAUGUAUAAAUAUGAAAAUGUGUAAAAUAUUACUGAUUUUUGUUCUUAUUAAUGUGAUUAUUGCAUAUCAAGCGCCCGUAAAAAAUAAAUAUUUUAGUUUACCUCAAACAAGAAAAAACGCCACGAAUAUUUUAAAAGCGAAAAGAAGUGGAAAAUUUCUAUUUGAUGCCAUUUUUCGCAUUAGCGCAGGAAUUUCAAAUGCAUUUGGCUAUGAAGGAGAUGAGUAUUCUGACUAUAAUGAUGAAGUAGAUAUCAAGGCAUGUGAAUGCGAUUGUGGGUAUUCUAACGAGGAAAUCAGAAUUGUUGGUGGAAAACCAACAGGUGUAAAUCAGUUCCCCUGGAUGGCACGCAUAGUGUACGAUGGAAAAUUUCAUUGCGGUGGAUCAUUGCUUACCAAGGACUAUGUCUUAACUGCCGCGCAUUGUGUUAAAAAGCUUCGAAAGUCUAAAAUAAGAAUUAUUUUUGGCGAUCAUGAUCAACACAUUACUUCAGAAUCAAAUGCAAUUCAGAGGGCUGUAAUUGCUAUAAUUAAGCACAGAAACUUCGACCCUGAUAGCUACAAUAAUGAUAUAGCGUUGCUAAAAUUGCGAAAACCUAUGAUGUUUUCAAAAAUUAUAAAACCUGUUUGCCUACCACGUUAUAAUUAUAACCCAGCAGGUCGGAUAGGAACUGUUGUUGGAUGGGGCCGUACUUCAGAAGGAGGGGACCUGCCUUCAAUCGUAAAUCAAGUUAAAGUGCCUAUUAUGUCUAUUUCCGAAUGCCGGAAUCAAAAAUAUAAAAGCAGUCGAAUCACAGCUAGUAUGUUAUGUGCUGGUAGACCGAGUAUGGACUCAUGUCAAGGUGACAGCGGUGGUCCACUUUUACUUUCAAAUGGAAUUAAGUAUUUUAUUGUUGGUGUAGUUUCGUGGGGUGUCGGAUGUGGAAGGGAUGGAUACCCAGGAGUUUACACACGAGUAAGCAAAUUUGUACCAUGGAUAAAAUCUAAUUUACGUGAUAGUUGUUUGUGCUCUUAAAUUCAUUUAAAAAUUUUAAGGAAUAUACUAUAUUAUAAUUAAUCAA